AUGUCGAAGCAACAGGAAGAGGUCGGUGUGACUGUUUUCGCCGCCGAUGAAGUUCUCAGCGACGACAAGGAACAACUUCCCCCUGCCAUUGAAAAAGCAAAUGCCCAACCGUCGAAGGAUAGGAGCAUUUUCGCCUGGUUUGACAAGAACGAUGGGCCAGUUGAGCGUCGGUUGGUCCUCAAACUUGACCUUACAAUCCUCUCCUUUGCCUGUAUGGGCUUCUGGGUCAUGUACAUCGAUCGCGGCAUUAUCGCAAAUGCCUAUGUGAGUGGCAUGAGCACAGACCUUCACAUGCUCAAAAACCAAUACGUCCAAUUGCAGUCCGUGUUCACAGUGGGAUAUGCAGUCUCCAUGAUACCCUCAACGUUGCUCGUGACCAAGCUCCCUGCUCAUAUUGUCCUCCCUGCGGCGACCUUCAGCUGGGGCGUUUUCACGAUGCUGUCUUUCUGGGCCAAAAGUUUCGGCCAGCUUGCCGCGUACAGACUCAUCAUUGGUCUCGGCGAAGGACCCUUUUUUUGCUCCAUUCAUUACGUCCUCGGCAGCUGGUACCGGCCCGACGAGAUCGUUCGCAGGGCUGGUAUCUUCUACAUGUCGUCUGGAGUUGGGACCGUGACAACGGGCGUGCUCGCUGCACGUGUCUACAGGAAUCUCGACGGGGUUGAUGGACAUGCGGGCUGGAGAUGGAUGUUUCUGAUCGGUGCCUUGUGCACUUUUCCGAUCGCGCUUUGGGGAGCGUGUUUCUUCCCCGGUGCGCUCAGGUCGAAGAAAAGAUGGUUUCUCACCGAAGAAGAACAUGCUCUAGCACUGCAGAGGAUGCGCCUGGUGGGCCGCAAGGCACCGCAAGGGAUGCCGUUCGCCUGGUCUUCGGUGAGGCGGUUCUUGGGUCGAUGGCAUUUCUGGGUCCUUGUCCCGUGGAACAUCAUCUGGAUCCUUGGCAUCAGCUGGUACCAACAGCAUAUUUUCUGGCUGAAGGCGCAGCCUCAGUACUCCACCUUCGACGUGAACAACUAUACGGCCAUCAGUCCAAGCUUGGGCGUCGUCUUCAUCUUUGUGCUCUCCUGGGUGGUUGACAAGUGGGGAGAGCCGGCGAAGAUCCCCGUGUUCGGCGUCGUUACGUUCGUGACAUUCAUCGGGUCCCUCGGGUUCGCCCUCUACGACAAGUCUUCAUUCGCCUGGAAAUGGUUCGCCGUCUCCACCGGCUACAUGCUUGUGUCCCUGUCGCCCGUCAUCUAUUCACACGCGAACCUGGUGUGCGCAGGCGACGCAGAAGAACGAGCUUUCGUCAUCAGCUCGAUGCUCGCCACUGGGACGGCCUUCAGCGCCUGGGUCCCUCUCCUCGCCUGGCCGACUAUUGAGCAACCAAGGUACCACAAAGGAUACAUUUUGACCGUGGUUCUGCAGCCAGUAUACUUCCUCGUCAGCGUCUUCGUCUUCACCUUCUCUCGUAGAAUGAUGAGGAAAGAAAAGGCUCUGAAGGAAGCUGCGAUUACGGAGUUAGUCGCAUGA